CGCUGGAAGCAGCAAGUGGCAGCCGCAACAGGGCCCCAGGGCCCCUUCGGCCGCUUUCGCAAUGUUGUGGACGUUCCGUUCCUGUGACGUUUCUUGGCAUUUGACGGCGUUCGUCCGUACGAUUUAUGCCGCGAAGCCUGUCGCGACAGCUGGUGGGCUGAACUUCACGCUCGAGGGCUCGACGUCCGAGCGGCAUUGUUUAGUCGGCUCGAAAAACUGGGCAUCGUGAGAAAGGUCACAACAGCCACCGGAGUUUGUGGAAGCAAAGUUGCGACUAUGGUCGAUUCUACCAUACGUUGAUCCGCAAAGGGUCCGCCGUAUUGCUUUUUCUGCAGACUGUACAUGAAGGGAUGUAGCCAUUCUGGCUGGAGGUCGAGUCUACAGGUCAAACUGGCUGCAUUGCAAUAAAAGCCAGCCUUGCAUCUUCCAACAAAAUGGAGUCGAAUAUAUCAGCCAUUACCUUCUAUAUUGAAGGUAUGACUGAUCAGUCAAGUGCUAGGACCAUUCAAGCUGCGCUAGCCAGUCUUGAAGGAGUUAAUACUGUCAGGGUGGAACCCACAGCAGGAAUGGCUGUUGUGACGUACAAACUUGAUGUGACAUCUGAAACAAGCAUCAGGAGGAAAAUUGAAGACGCCGGCUACAGUAUCAAGCCUGGAGACUUUCUGCAGCUUCAGGCCCCAGGCGGCGUUGCAGACUCUGCGCAUUCCACAUCUGUCUUCCAAGCAGAGAAUGAAAUACCAUGCGACGUCUUUAAAAAACAAUUGGAGACAAAGCUCUGCCAUCUUGUUUCUGGUGCCGUCGCAAUCUUUGUGGUUCCUGGUAUCAACGGGCCCCCCUUGGGUAUUGUCAGCUUUAAUCCCAGGAAUAUCUCAAUGGAAAUCCUUGAUCAAGAAGUUGGGAUGACACGCCUGAGGCUGUCAACAACUCUCCUGAGUGUAAAGGGCAUGACUUGCCAGUCAUGUGUUCGUAACAUCGAGUCUCAUGUGGGGCAGGAGCCUGGUGUGAAAGGUGUGAAGGUUUCACUCAAGGAGGAAAAUGCGAGGUUUGUUUAUGAUGGUGAACUGCUGACUGCGGAGGCACUUGCUGAGAAGAUAGAAGACAUGGGUUUUGAGUGCAGUGUUCUGAACUCUGUGGCUCUCGAUGCUGGCGGCCCAGAAGGGGCUAUCAGGGAGGCAUUGCAGCCAAAACCAGCUCCUGUUCCUGAACAGCCAGUGGCAUCUCAUGAGCCUUCUGGGAAUAACAGAGAAGACCAGAGCAGUUUUGAAGAUGGAGAGAAGUGCUUCCUGAGAGUGACCGGCAUGACGUGUUCAUCUUGUGUUGCUGCCAUAGAGAAGCAGCUAUUCAAAGUGAAAGGAGUAAAAUUUGCUCUGGUGGCCCUGUUGGCUCAGAAGGCAGAAGUCAGGUUUGACCCAGCACUAGUCCAACCUAAUCAACUGGCAGAGCUGAUCAAUGACUUGGGAUUUGAAGCAUCUGUCCUUGAGGAAUUGCACACUCUGCAUGGUGAAGCUGAAUUUGUGAUACGUGGCAUGACCUGUGCCUCAUGCGUUCUCGCCAUUGAGACCAACGCGUGCAAGCUUCCCGGUGUCGCCAGCGCAUCGGUCAGUCUGGCGACGCAGAAGGGAAGGUUCUUUUUUGAUCCUGAGCGGACAGGGCCACGCCAAAUCUUGGAACGAAUCAAGGGUUUGGGUUUCGAUGCAUAUCCAUUUACUGACCACAAGAUGGAUGCAAGCUACUUGAGUCAAAAGGAAGAAGUUAAAAAGUGGAGAAAUUCGUUCCUGCUCUCUCUGAUGUUUGGUGUACCAUCCAUGCUGCUCAUGAUGUACUACAUGAUCCGGCGCAUGGUUUACAAGCAUGACAAUGACUGCUGCAUAUUUCCAGGGCUUUCAGCUGAGAACUUCAUUCUUUUUCUAUUAGCUACCCCAGUCCAGUUUGUUGGCGGCCGCUACUUUUACGUGCAAGCUUGGAAAGCUCUGUCCCAUAGGGUUGCCAACAUGGACGUGCUCAUCAUGCUGGCAACAAGCAUCUCUUAUUUCUACAGUGUCAUGAUUGUUGUGUACUUUAUGAUUGAUGGUGCGGAUCACAGCCCAAAGACUUUCUUCGAGACACCACCCAUGCUGCUCAUGUUCAUAUCACUGGGACGGUGGCUUGAGCAUAUUGCCAAGGGAAAGACAUCGGCUGCACUUGCCAGGCUGAUUUCACUGCAAGCUACGGAGGCAGUUCUUCUGGAUGUGGAUGCCCAGAUGAAUGUUACUGCUGAGCGAAACAUCAGUGUAGAAUUGGUCCAAAGAGGAGACGUGUUAAAGGUUGUGCCUGGAGCAAAGAUACCAGUGGAUGGGAGAGUGUGCAUGGGUCACUCUGUUGUUGAUGAGGCACUUAUCACAGGCGAAUCCAUGCCUGUGCCCAAGAAAGUUGGUGACCAGGUUAUUGGCGGUUCUAUCAACGGCAAGGGUGUCCUUCUGAUCAUCGCCACCCAUGUUGGGAAGGACACCGCACUCUCACAGAUUGUGCGGCUUGUUGAGGAGGCCCAGACAUCCAAGGCUCCAAUUCAACAGCUAGCAGACAAAAUAGCUGGCUACUUUGUUCCCGGUGUGGUACUGGUUUCGCUGCUGACAUUGUUUUGUUGGGUCCUAAUUGGAUUUCACAAUGUUGAGUACAUCACACGGUUCUUCAAGAGACAGCGAUAUCAUGACACGGACAGUGAGCUCAUCUUCCAAUUUGCGUUCCAAUGCGCACUGACUGUGCUGUCCAUCGCGUGCCCUUGCUCGUUGGGUCUGGCAACACCCACUGCCGUCAUGGUUGGCACGGGCGUUGGGGCAUCCAAUGGAAUUCUAAUCAAAGGAGGAGAGCCACUUGAAAUUCUCCAUAAGGUUGGUUGCGUAGUGUUCGACAAGACAGGCACUCUCACGAACGGUAUGCCAGUGCUGACGCGCAUGACGUUGCUGGUUGGAACUAGAGUCUGUUCUUUCACUAAGCUACUGCUCCUGGCUGGAACAGCCGAGGCGAACAGUGAGCAUCCCAUAGGAACUGCCAUCACUAAGUUUGUCAAAGAGACUCUGAAGAUCGAUUCCCUCGGGAAGUGUGAGGACUUUGGGGCCGUCCCUGGUUGUGGUCUGCGGUGCCGUGUGUCUGGUGUGGAUGCUUUGCUGGGCAACAUUGUGGAUUUGGAGCACCUUGUCACUAACAGCAAACACCCUUGCAGCAGCUAUGUGGCUCCUUCAGAGGAUGUGAUGAUUGACCGGUGGAUACUGCCAGCCCACAUGCGGGGUGACACCUUACUCAGUCCGCCCCAAAACAUCUUGGUUGAUGUGCCAGCCACUCAAGAAAACUUGGCCCCCCAUGAUGGCAGCAGCGUGGUUCUAAUUGGAAACCGAGAAUGGAUGCAUCGCAAUGGCAUUGCGGUUGAAAUUGAAGUGAGCCACCUCAUGGAGCAGCACGAAGAGAAGGGCGAGACAGUGGUUCUCUGUGCCAUUGAUGGAAUGCUGGUCUGCAUGUUGGCAGUUGCUGACACUGUCAAGCCUGAAGCCAACUUGACAGUUUACACAUUAAAAAAAAUGGGCCAUGAAGUCAUUCUUCUAACCGGAGACAACAAGCGCACCGCAGCUUCGAUAGCUCGUCAGGUUGGCAUCAAACAUGUCUAUUCGGAAGUGCUUCCAUCACACAAGGUGAUGAUGAUCCAAAGGCUUCAAGAGCAGGGGCGGCGUGUUGCCAUGGUGGGAGAUGGCAUCAAUGACUCUCCAGCGCUAGCUCAGGCUGACAUUGGCAUCGCUAUUGCUAAUGGUACUGAUGUUGCUGUUGAGGCUGCUGACGUUGUUCUUGUUCGCAAUGACCUCCUUGAUGUUGUUGGCGCCAUAGCCCUCUCUAAGGCCACCGUGAGAAAGAUACGCCUCAAUUUUUUCUUUGCCACUGUCUACAACCUUGUUGGAAUUCCAAUGGCAGCUGGUGUUUUCAUGCCGUAUGGUGUCGUCCUAAGGCCUUGGAUGGGAGCUGCAGCCAUGGCCAUGUCAAGUGUCUCUGUAGUCUCGUUUUCACUCAUGCUCAAGCUGUUUAAGAAACCAAGACGGGCUGCCCUUGAAACCCAACAGUACCUUUCGGAACUUCAGCGGCAGGGCAACUCUAGUAGUUCCAACUAUGAUGACCUCUCACUCCACUGUGGUCUAGAUGAUGUGCCUGCCAAGACCGGUGCACAGUUCAAGUCAUCCACUCGUGGCUCAACGUUCACCAUACUGUUCAGCAGUCUGAGAGACAAAGCUGAAAAGACUAAGCAAGGGUACCUGCUCGGUCAGGAUGAAGAAAACGCAGACAUAUGUUCCUAGAUUGACCAGAACCUGCCUGCUACCAAUUGCUGCUGCACUUGCUUCCCCAUAACCAUCUGUGUAUGAUGAUGGUCGGAUUGAAGCAUCAGCUUUUGAUUACAAGCUGGCACAACUUGACAACCAAGUACCUUGCAGCCACACAUGAAAUAGGUGCGUCAUUGAGGGUACGUGCUUAUUCUGCUAUCCUUAGUUGUGACACCUCGGUGGACUGAGUUACCUCCCUUUGCAAGUGGCACUGAUGGUAUUUUGCUGCUGCUCCUUUUGAGCUGCUGUUCGCACAUUCCUGGCCGUCAGGUCGUUUGUAGAGAAUAGCACAUUUUUCAAGGCUGCUAAUGAUGCGCAGCAUGUGAGAGUGAGCACUGAAAUUUUUGUGGAGACCUUCAGAGCCAAAUUGACUGAGCUUUGGAAAUGAAUGAGCCCAACUCUUGCUCUGUGGCAGUGUGAUGGCCUGACUGCCUCUAGAAUUGUCAUGGGAUGUUAGAGUGUACAGAUGUAUGUAGCCUGUACAGCAGGGAGCAUUUAAGAUGCUACUAUACCAAAAGCAAGCUGUUUCCUAAAGGGAAAUUCUGUGAUGGUACGUUGCUUGGAUAGCUGGCAGGGUAUUGUUUAGACUGAAUGUUUAUAUGGAGGAGCUAGCAGGCAUGAUUACUUAUGCAUUUGAAUCCAUUUCUUGAGAUUAUGGCAACCUGUCCUUUGAAGGGUUAAGACAUCUUGUUGUUUCUCUGCUCACUUUCAGUGUUGGAGAUGUGAAAAAUGGCAGGUUUGUAUGAGAGUGGUGAGAUGUAUUUUGCCCAUAUAUUGUAACACGGAAGGAGCAGUUGCCAAAACCACUGCUUUGUCGUGAAUGAUGCAUUGUGCCAAAGUGAGAUUAGACUUAUCAAGUACAGUCAACUCGCGAUAAUUCAAACGCUGUUUAAUUUGGUAGUUAAUUCAAACACUAUGAUUUGAAUGCAUUUUGAAACCACUAAGUUUGAAGGAGGCUUUUGGGUAAAGGUACCCUGCAACAUUAUCUUGAGCAUGGCAAAUGAGCCCUUGCAGUCACCAAGUAGUGCUCUCACGAUGACCUAGGCAAAAUGUUACUCAGUGAAGGCAGCAGAAAAAUCUGUAAUAUACUCAGAAGAUUAUUUGUACUUUUCUGUUUAAUUAGCCCUCGACACCCUUCCUUUAGAUCUAUGACAUGAAGGCAUUGCCUGAAGGUUAAUGGCUACAUUUCUUUAUUAAAGCUUACUGUUGGCUUUACUUCUUUAGUUGUCACAACCAAUCAGCACCAGCCACUAAGAUCAAGAGUAAAGUAGACCUUUUAAGAGUAAAGUAGCUGGAAUGGCAAGUAUUAAAAAAAGAAAAGAAAGGAAUCGCACAGCAUGCUUCAUUUUGGCUGCACUCAGUGUACGUAAAAGAGCAUGGAAACACAUGGGGGGUGAAAAAUUCAAGUGAGUGCAACCUGGCACAACACUGGUGAUUUAUUUGCUGGUGCAUAAAAGAAAAAAGUAAAUGAAAUUUACUUGUGGCCAGGCGACAUUGAGUUCAGCUCUACCUUCUGUGACAGUGCAUCAAAGAAGGUGGCAUUCUGGGAGAAAACAAAGAAAAAAUUGGUAUUUAUGAAAGUAAUAAAAGCUGUUAUAAAGAAUUGCUUGCAGGUUGCUGAAGCACUUCCCCCCAAUGUGCAAAGCAUUUUAGAAGUUUGUUAAAUGAUAUUGCAGGGUCACAUUAAUUAAAAACAUUGGUUUCCCAGUUCAGAGUAAGGCACCAAAAACAGCUCUCGAGAGGGCAUUUAUAAAGUGUCAGUCAUCAUAGUAAUCCCACAUUUGAUAUUCAGGCUGCUGUGGAUCAUGAUGGGCACCACUGCAAAUCGGUACCACCAGUCUCAUCACAUGUUACAGCUCUGAUAUUCAGAAUUUGUGUGCACAAAAACUGUGGAACCUCACAGUGCCAUCAGUCAGUCUUACAUUUUGUGCACGCAUUUGUUUAUAUAAAGUAAAGAUUUGGUACUGAGCCCUAUUUUGUUCGAGGUCCCCUAAUUCAAAUAAAGACCUCUGGUUUGUAGGAGCUUGAGUUAACGGGAGUUGACUGAUUUUGUAUGAUAUUAAGUCUGUGAGGCUGGAGGGGACAUAUGGUCUUCACAUGACACUGACUGCACAACUGCCAUGUCCCAAAUAUGAAAUUGCUUCUAUUUAAUUUGUUCAGUGGACCACUAUAACAUUGCUUUGAUGUGACUGAUUUACAACAUAGUAUUUUUUAAACAAUUUUAUAUCGGGCAACCGUAUACAUGCCUGGAUAACUUACAGUUUGUACUUUUUGUGAGCUUGGAGAUUGUUACUGCAUUACACUUAUUGCACAAAAUGAGCGCAAAUGCUGGAAGGUAAUGUUUCCAACAUUUCUGUGUGUUGUCACACUGUGGUUUAGUUGUUGAGUGUGAUUUAUACUUUUCAUACUUGAAAGUGGUGUUAUGUAAACUGGCCGCAGUGUUGCGCUUAAAAACAGGUCCCCGUGAAAUCGGGCACCAAUCAACAAAAGCGUUGCUUCUGAGGUGUCAGAAUGAUAUGAAUGUAUGUAUUUUUAAUUUCGUUUAUUUUUAGAAUAGUGAAUUGUACCUUAGUAGCUGCUCUGUAUAUGUAAGCUGUGCAUCGUAGCUGCUGUAAUGCAUGAGCUUUUUAUGCCAUUAUGUUGUCGCUGAUUUUAUUUUAGACUACUGUAUUUUUCGAUACUGAUUCUGUUAUUGGAUUUUGUUCAAUACAGUUCUUCAUUCUCAUUUGUAUUCUGAAACUAACAACUGUCUGACGUAAUUCAGUAUUUAAGCUUAUAAUUGACUGACCCGUUAGUAUGUCAUAUAUAUAUAUAAUAUGUGUGAUUGUGUGUUGAUGUGCUAUGCAACAUAUAGAAAUCAUACCACGAAAUCCACAAGAACCAAAAAGCUAUGCAAAAUGUUUAGCUUGUUUGUGCCCAAACUCUUGUAAUGAGAGCGUCAGUGCAACUUCUUGUAACUCUCAGCUUACAUGUUUGAUUCUUCGUGCAGGAAAAGGGCUCUUCUUUGAUGCACUUGGAGGUGAGAUGUGUGUCUCCUAGAUUAAAUUGAAGCCAACUGCACUUGCUCUCCGAAUAUGAUGUUGCAUGUAAGCAUUUGACAAUUAACUUAGUCAUAAAAUCAAAUGAACAUGAUCAGAAACUGAAGAACUUAAGAAGCCAUUAUUGCACACAGGAUCCUGCCAUAAAUAUAAGGCUUUUGAAAUGACAAUUUAAUGCAGAAUUUUUGCACACACAGUUUAGAAGGCCUAAAUUAAUCUCUCAUAUUUCGGACUCUGUACAUAAAACCUAUAAUGAGCAUGUCCAUGUCAAACUUAGUUGUAUUGAGCACAUUUUCUGGUUAAAAGAAGUUUUCUAAGACCAUAUUGUUCUGGCUGCAAUAGCACCGACUUUUUAGCUUAAUGUGGUGCUGUAUUUGAAUGAAAUGGCUGGAACCUGCAUUGUGUUAUGCUUGUUUCGUUGCCAUUCUUGUGCUGAUGCAGCGCAAGAAUAUUCUGGAAGGAAAAUUGUGCUUUGUGGCACAAUCUCCGAACUUGGGGACUCCUUGCAUUCCACUUCAUUGACAUGAAGUGCUGUUUGGCCUUUUUUCAAUGUGGUGAAGUUACCUGUAUGCAUGCCGAAGUGUGUUAAUGCUAGAAAGGAUCUUUUAUUGUCAUAACUGGUGAGGGCUCUCAAUCCUGGUUCAUAUGAUGAUUUAAGGAGUUCUGCUAGCAUCACACAAGCUGCUACAAAAAAGGAAAGAAAAAUGAUGAAAUGAAUUUUUUUGUGUGUGUGUGAUUAUAUCCAAUCUUGCAGAUAUGAGCUGAUUUCUCUGCCUUAAGUAGGUACCUCUAUAGGGUACCUACUCAUUGAACCACUAAUUAUUUAUGUCAAACUGCAUAACCAUAUCGCUAAAUGUACUUGUAUUCUAUCUCUGUCGAACUCAAUAACAUAGUGAGGAAGCAUCAUGAUAAAGCCAAGCACCAAAAAUUGAGACUCGUUUCUCUUGUCAAAAUUGCUGUCCUUCACAAUUUGUUUACGUGAAGAAUAGAUCGUAAAGCAUGUAAAAUUAUAAGUAUUUAGGUGUUGCUAGGGUUUGUUCAUGAAGAAUGCAUUGAACAGCACGGAUGCCACAAAUUCGGCAAGCAACCACUGAGAUGCUGUACAAGGUUCACGCUUCCCCUGCAUAAGGUUCAACUAUUGUUGCAAUAGCUUUUCAAGUUGCACCACGCGCUUGUAGUUGUUUUGACUUGUCUAUUUAUGCUAGUCUCUAGGACACUAUUUUCAUAACUUAGAACAUUCUGUGUCAAAUAGUAAGUCUCUCUAUCGUGUGCCUGAAAAAUCAUCUUAAUUUUGAUUAUGUUAGAUGUGCUAGAACCUUUCAGCUGUACAAUGGGCCAAGACACUAAUGAGGAUUCUGUUGGGACUGGUUUGCAAAGCCAGUUUUUCUUUAAUUGUGGUUUAAUACAAACAGACCUCCAAAAGUUUUAACCAAGGCAUCAAGCCUAGGAUUUGUAUCCAGCAGUGUGUAUAAUCCUCACUGUUUAUAUCAAAAGUAUAAUUCUCAUAAAGUAACUGAAAACACACUUUGGGCAAGAGGGCCAUUUUAUGACAGCGCAUCUUUUGUUAAUGAACAAAAAGGUGUCUUUUUUUUUCGUUAUGAAUGUUGUUUGCAACUCCAAUCGCUUGUAACCCUGCAGCUGUUUAUGGGAAUUGCACAUAAUUUGUGUUCACUUUCUGAUUGUGUUUCAUGUAAUUGCUGCAAUAUUUCAGUGCAAUUCAUUCAUUCUUACUGGUGCUACCUGAUUUCCAUGUUAUGUGCACUUUUCUGCAUCGCCAUGCAGCGUUUUGCAUGUCCCUCAGUUUGUUAUGAGCUGUGGCUCACAAUAAUUUUUUCUUUCCCUUCGUUCAGCUCUUGAAAACAAGCCAUGUGAGCCAGGUAAUGUGGCAAGAUCGUAUCUAUAUUACUAAAAAAAACUCGAAGAAUGUAGACCAUUAGCCAUUACCCAUAUUCUGUCUUUCCAGUUGCAGUACCGUAAGGAACAAAGCUGUGUUAGGGCUGGGGAACUUGUACAAGUGUAUUAAACCAACUUUCCCUGCACAUGAAGCAAUGCCCAAGAAAUAUUUUUCCUUGUGUGUGUAUGUGUGUGUACCUACUGCAGUGUGCAGCUUCAACAUGUCCUGUGAUACAACCAUUUGUACACAUUCAGCUAAUGAGUGUAACAGCACGCACAACGCUAGCUCAAAAGUUGCAAAGCAUCACAGUGUUGCGAUAAUGUUUAUUGCUGCAUUAGUGUUUCCUUGUUGCAAGACUGUUUCCAUUAUUUCCAUUUAAUGUUUUUGGUGGGAAAGGAGCAGCUGAGGUGAGAAAUGUUUUGUGUCAUAUAGUCUUGUCGUCAGUGUUUUGAAAGUGUUAAAGGGACACUAAAGGUAGGCUUAGGCCUGAUUGCCUUAUUAAGCCAAUAUGAAGUGAUAGAUUGGUGCUCCAAGACAUUCAAAGUUAAUUUUACAAAAAGUGUUUUCACCAAAAGCAAAGCUUUUGUAAAUGAGAAAGUGAUGUACAGUUAGGAUAAGAUUGGUGCUGCCUCUGUAAAAAUGCAGUGAUUGCUUGCAUCACCCCCCCCCACUAUGGUUUGCCUCGUAAUGAGAUAGUGCUUUUGGCAUGUAAAAGCCCACAAUUAAAAUUUUUGAAUUGUUUAGUACUUGCACAAUCUAUAAAGCUAAUUCCGUUGAAUUGCAUCAUAAAUGUAAUGCAGUCUGGGCACCUUUUAUAAUAUUUUUCUUAACUCCCUGGUGCAACCUCUUCAUGAUAUUUUCUACAUUAUAUUUGGAAGUAUGGCACGCCUAUAUGUGUGGCCCUCUGACCCAAAGCAGGCCUUAAUGCACUGCGCAGUAGGACACAUAAGAGCAACAGUGCAAAUAAUUUACCUACUUAAGCCAACCCACCCAUUGUGGAUGAUUUGAAUAGUGCAAAUACUAUACUGUCUCUUUCAGUCAUGUUUUCUUUGCAACAAAGUCAUAUCUUGGCAUAAAACAGACAUUGUCAUGUUUCUAGAAGGCUUUUGCAACAACCUAAGUUUGUUCAAUGUUUGCCUUUCUUGUCCCUUUAAUGCUUGAGGCACAUUCUGCCAGGGGUGAUGUGCAUUUUGGGACCAAUACUGUGGAUGAACGCUUGUGCUAUUUCUGCUGAAAAACCGAAGAACACAACUGUCUAUCCAGCUUUCUUGACAGCUGUUUGUGGUGGAGAUGUAAGAACACCACGUCAUGUUUUUUUUUUUUUUCCAUACCUUGUCUUGGAUUUAGCAGCAGCAAAACAAUGUGCUCUCUUUGCAGAGGAAUGGUACUGCAUACAGCAUACUGCAUUUAUAUUCUAUGCUUAUAGCAACACUUCUAUUUGUAUGUGCUGUUUUCAAGUCUUAAUAAAAGAUGUAUAACUGUA